AUCCUCCUUUGCUCCGUCUCUGCCUCUGCCUCAUCUUGCACUGCGUCCAGCAGCCAUUCGCUUGCGCGACGAUGCGCCUGCUCCUCCAUCUCGCUGCCUCACUCGCCUUGCUGCGCCUCGCCCAUGCGCUGCCCUCGUCCGGCUGGGCCACCGUGACGCACUACGACCUGCCGUCGCUCUAUCUCGCCUCCUGCGGCUGUGCCCCGCACUCUACAGACUACCCCACCGCCGCGCUCUCUCGCGCCGCAUACGGCUCGCUGCUCUCCUUCGGCCCCGCGUGCGGCGCAUGCUACCGCCUCACGCUGCUCUCCACGCCGCUCUCGCCGCCGCCGCCGGCGGGCGACGGCUACGUGCUCGACGCCGCGCAGCAGCGGCGCGCAUCCGUCGUCGUCAAGGUGACGGACGUCUGUCCCGGCGACGGCUCGGGCACCGACUACUGUGCGGCACAGGCGGCGCGCCCCAACGCCCAGGGCGCAGAGGUGCACUGGGACCUGGCCUGGCCGGCAAAGGGCAUCGCAAAGGACUUCUUUCCCGGCACGCGCGACUAUGGCGUCUGGAACGCAACGUACGCGCGCGUCGCAUGCAGCGAGUGGGCCGGAUACAGCGAUGCCGCGGCGGGCGGCAGCGUGUGGGAUCUGCAAGACGCCGCAUGCUGUCCGCUUGAUCCGAGCGACGACGACGGCGGCGGCGAGAGCGACAUUGAGGCGCCGGCGACGACGAGCAGCGCCACGAGCGCUGCCGGUGCGACAGCACGUGCGACGAGUGUCGCCAGCUCCGGCAGCGCCUCGAACAGCGGCAGGAGCAGCAGCAGCAACAGCACCCUCACCUCCUCCAUCUCUCUCUCUCCCCGCUCCCACCACGGCGCCUUGCACGCGCAUCGCCACCGCCGCGCGCCCUUUCUCGCCGGCGCCCAGGCCUCGCACUGCCCCUCUUACUCGGCGCUCGCCGCAAGCGGGCAGCUCAACACGGGCAUGGUGCCCAACACAUCCAACCCCUAUGCGCGCAUCGAGGGCGGCGCGGCGCUGAGCAGUGGGGCACGGAGAGACCGGAGGCCGUGGGGCUGGAGCAGCGCUGUUGGCGCGGCAUGGCGAUGGAGAGAGGAGCCGCCUUUGCUGGCGCGCAUGGAGCUCUGAAAAGGCGGCGCGAAAGUCGACCCCCUGCUCCCCCGCUCAAAACCUCGCGGCCCGCUCUUGACCCCCCCUGCUCCUUGGCGCGUAACUUAUCGCCUCCCUCA